AAGCAGCAGGGGAACUUGCUUCAGCUACCAUCCAGCCCACAUUGACUCAGUUCACCUUUUCUUUGCCAAUUCUUCAUUUGGAGUUCAGCUAUGGAUCUAGUGUCUCUGGUUAUCAGUGGCGCUGAGAUGAUUUUAAACCUCCUAGUUAUCUUGCUGGACGUCAACUUCUUCCUUGUUUCUACUGUGGUUUCCACUCUGUUCUGGACUGCUGCAUUUAUUUACAACCUGCCCAAUACCUUAGUGGCCUGUGUGGUCCAAUGUUGGAACUGGACUGUUCUGUCUUUGCUAUGCAUCGCUGAAGCUUCUUAUUAUUUGGCUUUUGCUUCUGUGCACACCAUUGCCAACUUGCUUAGGGGGUUCUGCUGCACCAUGGAGAGCCUGAAAUUAGUGGGUCACCUGUUCAACUACAUAACGCUGCGGAGCAAGGAGAUUAUGCACAGAGGUUUUUGGAAUCUGGUUGGAUCUGGCCAGUCCCUUCUGAGGCAGGUGUGUGAAGUAUUUGCCAUUGCUGUGAGCCUUGUGGCUUACUUCAUCAACAGCAUCAUAAACAUCUGCCUCAUUGGUACCCAGAACCUUUUCUCGCUAGGUCUGGUCCUAUGGGAAACUAUUGCUGGCCCAUUUCUCAGAAUUGCAGAGAUUUUUGCUGCCAUUGUUGCACGCCUUUCCAGCAGUGCCAUUGCCAUGUCCAUCCUUCUGUGGACUCCUUGCCAGCUAGUAUUUGAUCUUCUAGCCUCCAUGUGCAAGCUGCUGCUUAAUGACUUCUUCCUUAACCUUUAUGGCUUGGUGUUGCUCACUGUGGUUGUAGCCACCAGCAUUUUAAUCCUUAAUCCUCAACUGUCAUGGACACUGGUGAACCAGGUAUCUGGCUACUUGAACACCAUGCCUUCCUACCACCGCCUGCUCAGGGAUUUACACCGCCUCUAUCAGGUUGUGCUCAUGGCGCUGGAGACAGUCCUGAGCUCCCAGGCUUGGCGCAGGUUGGCUGACUGGAGUCUUCAGAUGGCCAGCUGGAACAGAGGGGGCAGGGGUGCAGAACACCAGGAAGUGAGAGAGCAACUGUUUGUGUUUGGGGAUGAGAGACUAUAUAUAGCUCCUGUGGUUCAGAGACAAGCCGUUCCUGCAGCAGCUCAUCCAAGAAGACAAGGUGGCCAUCAAAGACAGGGCAACAGGGACCAACACAGAACAGACAUUGAUCUGGUGUCAUCCUCGCAAGAGAGUGUGUUCCCAAGGCACUUCCAUCUCCCUCCAGGUGAAGGACCAAGCACAUCGCAGACCAGACCUGCCACGAAAGAGCAACUGAACGCUCCGGAGGAGGACGGUGACCCAUGGCUGCUUCUUAAAGAACAAGAAGAGCGGAAGAAGUGUGUCAUCUGCCAGGACCAAACAAAGACUGUCUUGCUCCUUCCCUGCCGGCACCUUUGCUUGUGCCAAGAAUGUACUGAAAUCCUGCUGCAGCAGGCCAUCUACCAGCGCAACUGUCCACUCUGCCGUCAGAUGAUCCUGCAGACUCUCAAUGUUUACCUUUGAGCAAUGUGUGGGACAGCUUCAUCUGCAUUUCUUCAGUCUCUAGGUGCAUUGGCCGCAGUGUGUGGUCUCGGGCCUUUGUGCCUCUGCCUUUCUGUGGAGAGCAGCUCCACGCUGAUCACUGAGGUCAGCUGCGGCUUUUUUUUUUAUUUCCAAAGAAAUGUGAUAAUAACAAAUACUAUGAAUGGCUUCUAUGCACCCUUUGUUCUCUUUUUCUUCUUGAAAGAGCAGAAGCCUGUCAAGAGUAAAACGAUGAAACAUUA